AUGCGGCUGCUCUCGUCCCGCCCACUGCCUUCCCGCUCUGAGGUAACCAGCGACCCGAUUGGCCAGUUUCUCACCCCCUUCCUCCCGUCCGACCACCUCAUUGGUCACUCCCCACGCCCGUCCGAAUCUUUAGUUUGCGCUCAGCCCGGCUCCCCUUCCCCCUCCCUGUCUCAUUUCUCCGCCCAAUCCCUCCCGUCGAAUAUUAUAUAAAUAUUGGGGGGGGGGACCCGAUUCUGCGAGGGAUUGGCUCCACCUCAGAACACAAAAGACAGAAAAAGAACAGGCCCUAUCUACGCCUAACAGCUCUCCGGUUAUGCAAAUAAAGGCGACCGGGGGAGAAAUUUCAUUGGCCCAGGGCCACGUCGUGGAGCGCGAACAUUUUCUCUCCCUCCCACCCACAUACACUGUCUUGCCGCGCUGGGAGAGAUGAAAGUUCUAGAACCAGAAGAAGGAAAGAGACCGAGAAAGCCGGCCGGCACCCGUUGAAUCACCCGUUUCCCCCGCCCCCUUCUCUUUCCUUUGUUGCGUCACAUACGCCUCACGCAAUGCCUCUACGGCCAUUGGCUGAAGUGGGCGGGGAAGGCGGGCGACCGACGCGGCGGGAUUGGCCCGUCGGCCGGAAAGAGGCGUAGCCCUUCUGGAAGGUUCUCCAGUAGUAUAUAAUGACUUGAGGCUGGGCCGGGAAAGCCGCUUUUUCUCCAGAGCUACUCGAAGCAGCUACUCGUUUCCUGGUUUUUGAAGGAAAACGAAGCAGGUAAUUUCUUUGAAGGGGGGGGGACAGUAAUGCAGAGUGGGUGCCUAUAUAUGCGCUAAUUGCAUCUGAUUCAUUGAUUUCUUUUCCUUCCGUGGUUGGGGUGGAGGAAAGUAGAGUAUUUGCUAAAGUGGAAAAAACCUUGUCGCUCCUUAAUUUUGCAGGCUUCCCAUUCCUUCUGUCCCUUUUCCUUUCAGCUGUACAAAACGUCUUUCCAGCCUCUUUCUCUUCGCCUCCACUUUCUCUAGCAUAGGGGUCUCGGCCUGAGUAUGGGGGGGGUGACAAUGGCGCCUGAAACGGGUGUUCCUUUAGGGAAACAGAUAAAAGGAAAUAAAUUUAAGGAGAGGCUCGGCUAAACGCUUCGUACCGAAGAAGAAAAAGGAGGAAACGAGCGCGCGGGGGGGCGGAGAUAAUGGUAUGGAUCGCCUUUGGAAAAACUAGGCUAAAUCUGCUAAGGCGAUUAAAGUACACGUGGGCGGGCCGCCUUCCUUUAAUAAAGCUGCUGCAUUGGCCUUUUCUUUGAACGGGGGAGUGAAAAGGAAGGAAGGAUGAAGGCAGACUCCAUUCUGCUACACAUUUGUUCAGUCUAUGCCCCGAUAAACCUGGCUAUAGGAUUGCACGGGCGAGCCCGUUGAUUUAAUGCGGGAAAAUUAGGUGGGGGCAACCCCGGUUAAAAACGGGAAUAACCUUUCUCUUUCUCCCCCCACAUUUAUGUAUCCUGUGCUACUAAUCCAUUUACUUGGAUGGGGAAAGAUUAACGAAAUCGGCGGGGGCGUCUUAAUGCUUAGGAUACGGAGCGCAGGCGCUAAGCCUUAGAAAAUGGGGGCGGUCGUUGUUAUUUUCCUGAUGACCUUGAAAUAUUGAGGCGAGGAAAUGAGCAGCAGAUGGCAUGGGGGCAGGAUUGCUGCCUCCCUCGACCUUAGAUCACUGGAGUCUUGCUUUAAAAGCAGAAGUUCUUAAGUAACUGCUGGCGAAAGGUCCAGUUCCUUUUUAGGGUGGUGUGGAGGAAUCUCUUCUGUCUUCUCCCUUCGUUAGUGGUGCAGAAAGCUUACCUAAUCGCCCUUCUUUGCUUCCUCCUCUCCCCCUCCUCGCCACGUGCUCAGCAGCGCCCUCGGCCGGUUCCGGCCGGCAUCUUUGCACGUGGUCUGGUAUUGCUCCUCCCAUCUUCCGAGACCGCAUGUUCCAAAUGCAGGCCGCGGAGGGAGGGGGGGAAGAGGAGGUUCCCAGAAUCCAUCGCGAAGCCCCGCCUCUUUCCCGCGCGGGUGGAGCGCUCUUAGGGCAUGCCGGGAAAAGUAAUUCAAUCCUUCUGGUGCCCCUCGUGGCUGGAACCUCGGCGCUUCCGCCUCGGCCACGUGGUGGCUUCUCCAAAGUCGCUGCACCGCCUUCGAUCCCCAUUCUAUUGGCUUUAGGACAGAAGGGUUUCAGAGGGUUCAGAUUUGCGAGUCAGGGUGCCUGAUGGGAUAUUAAAAUUGAAUGCAUAAAAGCAUGCAUAAUUUUACAUCCAGGCAAUGGGGUUCUAAGCAAGAAACAUUUUGGAAAAGAGGCCUAGUCCUGCACAAGUGAUGCUUUGAUUUCAAGGCAAGAAAAAAUCCAAAUUGUUUCAGAGUUAAUCUAGUUAGUUUUAUGGCCAAAUGGGGAUUUAACUGUAUGGUCCUCUUGGCCAUUUCUGAAACUUCACUAGGCUGGUUCUAGGAUAAUUGUUUUACUAAAUAGUUCUUAAUGUCUUAAUGAUCGUUCUUAAUGUGGAUUGGCUUACAGUUUUUGCUUUGAAUAUGUUGCUUCCCGUGCUUAAACAUUACAGGUAUGAAUUGUUGAUAUCUAAUUAAAUGUUACUGUCUUCACAGCUACAAUGUCUAAGGGACCAUCUGUUGGAAUUGAUCUUGGCACCACCUAUUCCUGUGUGGGUGUCUUCCAACAUGGCAAGGUGGAAAUCAUUGCCAAUGACCAGGGUAACAGGACCACUCCCAGCUAUGUUGCUUUCACUGACACAGAGAGGCUUAUUGGUGACGCUGCAAAGAACCAGGUGGCAAUGAACCCCACCAACACUGUCUUCGGUAAGGAUCAUCAAGACUUCCUGGAAGCAUUUGUCUUGCACAAUGUCCAUUUAGAUUAAGGCUUGCUUAAGGUGUUUGUCAUGCAACUGUGCUGUAAUAACGAAAUUAGGUAAUAACAAAGUAUAAUAGUAGCAGGGCACAGCUAAUUAAAACAGUUUUCCAUUUCAAAAGCCAGCGAGGUUGAGGUUUCUCAACACCACUCUUGAGAUACAUUUAAAACCACUUCCUUAAGGGAGUCACUUCCCUGAUCUUACAACAUGCCCCAUACAAAUAGCUGCAUUAUUGGCAAGAAUACCAGAGAGGUGCAGAGAAGGCUUAGUAUGUCCACCUGGAGUUUUGGUAGUUUCUCCACCCCUGGGAAGAUUUGGUGUUUUAUUGAGGUGCAUAACCCUUUGUAUGUGCUUCAUUCAAAUUGGAAAUAAGCCUUGUAGCACCUUAAAGGCCAACAAGUUUGUUGCAGCAUCAGCUUUUAUGGAUUUGUUUAACUUAAUUCUUAGUAGGCAUGUAUAAAAUGUUUAUUUAGUAGAAUGUAUAAUUGUACAACUCAUACGUACAUUUUACUUUGUAUACGUUCUGUAUACAAAUUCAAUUACCAAUAAAUUCAGACUUUUCCCAUUAAGCUGCAGCAUUUUCUGCUCAGUGCAUGUAUGCUUCUUUGAAAGUUGGUAUAAUUAAAUCUGAAAGACCCUUUUUUGCUGCAUUCAAUCUAAAAUAGCUACUUUUCUGGAAACUGUUAAGACUAGGAAGUGCAGUGUGCCAUUAUUAAAAUGACACAGGAAGUCACCAGUGAAGCAUUACUAACAAAUAACUAAAAUCUUUUUAUAGAUGCAAAGCGUCUGAUCGGCCGUAGAUUUGAUGAUGCUGUUGUCCAGUCUGAUAUGAAGCACUGGCCUUUCACUGUGGUGAAUGAUGCUGGCAGACCAAAAGUCCAAGUGGAGUACAAAGGAGAAACAAAAAGCUUUUAUCCAGAGGAAAUUUCUUCCAUGGUGCUAACUAAGAUGAAGGAAAUUGCAGAAGCGUACUUGGGAAAGGUGAGGCCUUAAAAUGACAGCAUUGUGAUUGCAGAUUGUAUGCUGUGUUGUUUCUAUACUUCAACACAGGUUUCUUUUUACCUUUUGCAGACUGUUACAAAUGCUGUCGUCACAGUCCCAGCUUACUUUAACGACUCCCAACGCCAGGCUACAAAAGAUGCUGGAACCAUUGCAGGUCUCAAUGUGCUCCGGAUCAUCAAUGAGCCAACUGCAGCUGCUAUUGCUUAUGGCUUGGACAAAAAAGUGAGUGGUGAAAGGCAUCCCAGUCCAUGGUGAGGAAUAUCUGGGUAUUACUAAUUUGUCUUCAUUUCCACUAAUGUGUACCUUUUAUCAUGUAUCCUAGGUCGGUGCUGAGAGAAACGUGUUGAUCUUUGACCUUGGUGGUGGCACCUUUGAUGUCUCGAUCCUCACCAUUGAGGAUGGCAUCUUUGAAGUAAAGUCAACUGCAGGUGACACCCACUUGGGUGGGGAAGACUUUGACAACAGAAUGGUCAACCAUUUCAUUGCUGAAUUCAAGCGCAAACACAAGAAGGACAUCAGUGAAAACAAGCGAGCUGUUCGAAGGCUCCGCACUGCCUGUGAGCGUGCGAAGCGUACUCUCUCCUCCAGCACUCAGGCCAGUAUUGAAAUAGAUUCCCUGUAUGAGGGUAUUGACUUCUACACCUCAAUUACCAGAGCUCGCUUUGAGGAGCUGAAUGCUGACUUGUUCCGUGGCACUCUUGACCCUGUGGAGAAAGCCUUGCGGGAUGCCAAGCUAGAUAAAUCUCAGGUGCAUGAUAUUGUACUUGUUGGUGGCUCCACUCGCAUCCCCAAGAUCCAGAAACUCCUUCAGGAUUUCUUCAACGGCAAGGAACUGAACAAGAGCAUCAACCCUGAUGAAGCUGUGGCUUAUGGUGCAGGUCAGUACUAAGAUGUAGUAAUAGUCUGAAAGCUUAUCAGCAAUGUGUCCUUGCAGUUACACCAAAAUUUUGGGCAAUAUACCUGUAGAUUAAGCAUGUGUUUACACGCAAGCCUAGAAUCCAGAUUCCUUCCUAUAAACUUGAUUUCUUGCAUUGAUGACUGGUUCCAAAUCCAUUCGCGGUUUCCACCAGAAGCUGAUAAUGAUGGUCCAAACCUUCCUUGGAUGUCUGAGCGAGUAGAAUUAUUUGAGUAGUAAAGGGGCAUAGUGUGUACUUUUGUUUAUGCAUAACCUCUUUUUUCCCACUUUACAGCUGUUCAAGCUGCAAUCUUGUCCGGGGACAAGUCUGAAAAUGUGCAAGACCUGCUGUUGCUGGAUGUCACUCCUCUGUCGCUGGGUAUUGAAACAGCUGGUGGUGUCAUGACGGUCUUGAUUAAAAGAAACACCACAAUCCCCACAAAACAGACUCAGACCUUCACCACGUACUCUGAUAACCAGCCAGGUGUGCUGAUUCAGGUAUGGUAAAAAUGUUCCAUGGGAGUUUAGCUAAAAAUACUGCCAUUUAAUCUAGGACUACCCAUAUGGUGCCCUCCAGAUGUGCUGAAAUUCUGGCUAACCUGGCAUUUAACAGUGUUGGUUUUAGUUUAUGGGAGUAUCAACUUCUGGAGGACAUCACAUGAAUUAUUUACUCUGCUAUGUAAGGAUAGCAAGCUGGUGUCUGGUUGCAAUGAUGAAAGAGAUUCCAAAACCAUUCGUAGUUUCCACCAGAGGUUGAAAGACCUAUGUUGGCUCAAAGUACCUUCCUUGGAUGUCUGAGCGACCAACUUACUCAUAUCUGCUUAGUUUCCUAUUAAAGAAAAUUUAUUUUAAAAUGCAUUCUAAUCCUAUAAAUAGAGCCUUUGUACUUGUAAAAGAGGCUGACCAUAGACAUUUCCUGUUCUUUUAUAGGUUUAUGAGGGCGAGAGAGCAAUGACAAAAGACAAUAACUUGCUGGGCAAGUUUGAAUUAACUGGCAUCCCUCCAGCUCCAAGGGGCGUACCUCAAAUUGAAGUAACAUUUGACAUUGAUGCCAAUGGUAUCCUCAAUGUGUCGGCUGUGGAUAAGAGCACUGGCAAAGAGAACAAGAUCACAAUAACAAAUGACAAAGGUAAGUUGCUGAUAUGCGAAGAAGCUUAUGAAAUGGAAGUAGGUAACUCAGUAUAGAUUAGCCAAAACUAAUUGACCUAAUGUUCAGGUUUCAGGUGAGAAUAAGGUGGUAAUCCAGAUGCCAGGGGCCCUUUACCUUUUUUUUAAAAAAACAACAAACCAACUAUGCAGCAAAUAGUGGUUUGACUGGCAAAACACAAAACUAAAAAAGUAUUUUAUUCUUCAAAGGCCGCCUCAGUAAGGAAGACAUCGAACGCAUGGUCCAGGAAGCUGAGAAAUACAAGGCUGAAGAUGAAAAGCAGCGUGACAAGGUGUCAUCCAAGAACUCCCUAGAAUCCUAUGCUUUCAAUAUGAAAGCUACUGUGGAAGAUGAGAAACUUCAAGGCAAAAUUAGUGAUGAAGACAAGCAGAAGAUCAUGGACAAGUGUAAUGAGAUCAUCAACUGGCUGGAUAAAAACCAGGUUUGUAGCUCCACCCCAACCUAGAUAUCUAAAGGAAGGGUUUUUUACACUUCAAGCAGUACACUUCGAAUAGUACAGUCCACAAAGCUGUUCUGUAUGGAAGAAAGCAGCCUACACUUUAAAAAGCUAGCAAGUGCCUAGAGGGGCACUACAAAUCUUUAAACAGUGGGUCUGUCCUUGACACUAAAAAAAAGGUGGAGUAGUAGCCAGUGGUUCGCAAUGAUGAAAGAGUUUCCAAAACCAUUCGUAGUUUCCACCAGAGGUUGAAAGACCUAUGUUGGCUCCAAGUACCUUCCUUGGAUGUCUGAGCGACCACUUGGUAAUACAUCUGUUGGGCGGUGCAAUCCCCAAUUGCCCAGUAAAGACGCUUUAUGCAUCAUGCAAAAGUUCACUUGGAAUGGCUUGUAUAAAUCUUAAGAUGCAGUUCAGGAAUGCUAGUGUUUGAGUGGUAAGUGGGUUUAGCCAAGCCUCCUUCCUUUGUAUACAAGUGUACAGAGGAACAACUAACACGGAUGCUUUCUUCCGGUAUAUUUUUAGACUGCUGAGAAGGAAGAAUUUGAGCACCAACAGAAGGAGCUGGAAAAAGUUUGCAAUCCCAUCAUAACCAAGCUGUACCAGAGUGCAGGUGGGAUGCCCGGAGGCAUGCCUGGUGGCUUCCCUGGUGGUGGAGCACCCCCCUCUGGAGGAGCAUCUUCUGGACCAACCAUUGAGGAGGUGGAUUAA